UUCAUUUGUACAGAUUGCUCCGACAGCGUCAAAAAUGGCUGCUUUUUAAUAUGAGUUGCUAGCAUGCAUAAUAUAUUGUUUUUGUUUAACGAAUUUCAGGAAAUAUUUUAACUAACGGUUGAAGUCUUUGCUAAUUGCAAGAUGGCCUCUGGUGGUUACCAAAGCAAUAAGCAGGCAAAAGGUGAGCCGAAGAGAAGGUCAAAUUGGCAACGUUCUGUAAGCUCUGACAGGGAUGAUGCUCAGAGCUUAAAUAGCCUGCCUAGUGAUAUUCGUAUCAAUAAUUGGGAUCUUUCUGAUCUUCGUCCUACCAAUCUGGGGGGUGAUUCAAAGCGGCGUAAAAAAUCCAAAGGGAACCCAGAACGAGAAAGAGAACAGUCCUUGUCAAUGGAUUCACCUCCCCAUGAUCAAAAGCACCAUACUCCUGCCACUUAUCCUCGCACUAAAAUAACCCCUAGUACACCGACAUCACAGAGGGUGGCUCUUGAAAAUCUGAAACAACAUAUGACAUUCAGUGACUUGGAAGAUCAAGUAAGCACAGAUGGAGAGAGAAAUAAUGAAAGACAUGUAUCACAAAGUCGACGCAGACUUGAGAACUCAUCAUUCAAUAAGACAGAAUCAUCUGAAGCUGAUGACGCUAGAGGUUCAAGGGAGAGGAGAAUAAACAGGAAUAACAACAUGGACACGUCCACAAGAGAACAAGGCCCUGAUAGUAAUGAGAUUGUUGCUCGCUUGAUGCAAAUAAGAGAUUUUAUGAAACAGGCGCGAUCAAUGCUAGAUAGUAUGGAGAAGCUAGGGGAUAGGAAAAAAGCUGAGGAUAUUGAUAAAGUACGCAGACUGAUUCGCAACUUACAGGAACAAGAACAAGGGUACAGGGGACUACUACAAAACACUUUGGCUCACAGAGAAGGGGACAGUAACCUGGCCACUGGAGGGGAAGAUGACACUUUGGUCAAAGAUGGAAAAGACGACUCAGAUGACACAUCUGUGGACCUUGACGUCAGGACAGAAAACUCUGACACAACAGAAGAUUCUCAAGAUUCAAGACCUCGUAUUGAAAGCAAGCUUGGUAUAGAGGACGAAGAUGAAGGAAAUGAGGAUGACAGGUAUGCUGAGCCAAUGAGAAUGACACCUGCUGGAGGUUCUGGCAAUGCAAAUGCCAACAGAGCAGCAGAUUUAGAAAAUAGCUUGGUGCAUCAUUCACAUCCUUCUCAAGAAAGUCAAGAAGGAGCCAGAGGGCCAUCUGUUGUUGAUGACGGGCCAGCACCACACCACCAGGAACUCCUUCAAAUCCUCAAGGAAAAACAGAAACAGCUGCAAGAUUUGAUGAGUCGGCAGGAAGAACUGAAUGUUAAACGCAGAGAAACUGAAAAAAAACUUCUGGAGGCUCAAGCACGAGACAACAAAGCUCGUGCUGCCCUUGCAGCUGUUAGUUCAGAUCGCCAGUUUUUGGAGGCAAAACUUCAGAGUCACAAAGGUUUAACAAAAGAAUCCCAAGCUAGCUUAGCCGGAGUAGAGUGGGAUGCUGACGAUGACGAGGAGGAGAAAGGUGCAGCUGGUGGGGAUAGAGUGCUCAAGUCUAACAUUGUGGGCUAUCCUGUUUCGGAUGAUGAAGAUAAUUCCAAUGUUCGAGAAGUUGAAAGUUUGCCCAAUGAACUAUUGGAGUUGAAGCGUCAGCUUACGUAUCUUAGAAAUGAGUUUUCACAGAGUAAAGAAGCUCCUAAAAAUGUGGAAUCUGAGCCACCAGCAUGUGCUGAUGGGCGCCAACAACUGGAAAAUAAACUUGUUGAAUUGCAAACUAAGAAGUCUCGCAUGGAUUCUUUGCUACAGGAAUUACAGAUGCUGCAUUCUCUUCCUCUAGAGAAUCUUAGAAAUAACGAAUCCAAUCCCCCGACUUCCAACAUCCAAGCAUCCAGGCCACCCCCACCUGCCAGGUCCCAGCUGCCAGCAAACCUCCAGUCCAGAAUGAAUGACAUGGCUGUAGCUGCUCCCAGCUCACUGGAGAGUGCCAUGUCAACAUUUGCCAAGCUGGCUAGAGAGGCAAGCAGGAACCAGGAUUCCUCCAGUGUAGAGCCUGAGAUGGUCACUGAGGUACAUGAAAAACUCAGGCGCCUAAAAGAAGUGAGGGACCAGCUAGAUCAGCUCCGGCAGUUGGUCCAUUACUAUCAGGGUCAGAGUGAUGGAGCAGAGGGUGGGGCUGAACAAGAUGAACUGGUACCAGCUUCUGCUUACAGUGACAGGGGGGAUCAUGGUAGCAGACAGAAAGAACAAAGUGUUGCUGUUGUGAGAGGUACAAGAAAGGUUCCCCAGCAGCUGCAGGAGCAUGUCUCUCAACCACCACCACCACAUAGACCCCAAACCUCAGAGGUGGCUGGUGCUGGGGUUUCUUCUCUUCAGAACAUGGUGCAGCUCUUGAAUUUAGCAGCAGGCACGGAUCAAGGCAAUGAGCUCUCUGAUGAGGACAAUGUGUCAGCAUCACAGUCAGAGUCCCAGUGGUCACACCUAGGACCCUGGGACGAUGACCCUGAGAUCCAGGAGAAAGUCAAGAAAUUAAAGGCUGCCAAGGAAAAACUGCGGCAGCUGCAGGAUUUGGUAGCCUUUGUACAGCAGUCACCUGAUGCUACAAGACCUCUGCCUGAAGCUCUGGGAGACAUAGCAGCCAGUGUUGAAGGAGAAGCUGUGUCCCAAGCCACACAAACAGAUGAGCCCAAUGUCUCCAUCAGUGAAGGGGAGGUGGCAUCAGAUUCUCACAGACUGCAACAGAGAGAUGAAGAUGAGGAGGAAAUAGAAGAUCCCAGAGCAGAGCUAGAAAGAUUGAAAAAAGAUCGCGCCAUGUUGCUUGAGAUCCAAAACCAGCUGAAGCAGAUACAAAACCAAGUAGGGAGGACACCUGGAGAGCAGUCCACAGUGCAGCAAAGGUCACAGCAAAAUACUAACAUGAAUAAGCCUGAACCUGAGCCAGGGGCUAAUGCUGCACCUGUUGUCACUUUUGCCUCAAAUGAUGAGCUGUAUAGCAAGAUGAGGAGACAACGCAUUCUGAGAGAAGAACUGCGGUCUAAGAAAAAGGAGCUAGAAGCCAUCAUGAAGAAAGACAGAAACAAACGUCAAUACUCCCGCAACCAGGACAAUCAGAGUGACACUGUUUCAUUAAAUACUGAUACUUUUGGUGUACCAGCCAGUGUUGACGCUACCAUGGCAACCUGGGGAGGCUCCACUGUUGACAAUUUAGAGAACAUCACAGAAGAUGAGGAUGGUCAAGAGAGAAAUGAACGUGUCAAUGGGGAUGAGGAUGAAGAUGAUGGUUAUCCAAGUGAUGGUAUUGUACAAGUUGAGGAGGAGGAAGAAGAGAAUGACAGUGAUAAUGGGACAUACACCAUUGAAGCAGAUGCAAGGAAGAGGAAGAGUUUGAGGAAAGGAGAGAGCAUGGGUAUAGGAGCUAGACCAAAGUCUGCUCAUGGUAGACAGACAUACCCACAACCUUCUUACAAUGAGAAAAACAUGAAGAAGACAGCCAGUCAGCACAACACCUCUAGAUCAUCUAGGCGUGACUUGCAGUUCAGACAAGAGAGCUACAGAUCAUCCAUGCAAGAUGAAGAAAAGGAGAAGCCGAGUGAAUGGUUUCACAUGAUUGAUGACAGACUGUCAAGCUUGACUAAUACAGUGGAGGCCCUUCUCAGGAAAUCUGAAACUGAUGGGAGACAGCUGAGCGUGUCACUUAAUCCAGAGAGUGGUCCUCAAUCCAGCCUGAUCUCCCCCAUGCAAGAACAAAUGCUCCAGCUACAGAACCAGUCCAUGAUGCUGAGCUUCAGCCAGCUGGUGCAGUCUCUCACCAGGCAGCAGGGAGAGAUGCAACAGCUGCAGCAGCAGAUGCAAGCCCUUCAGCUACAGAUCCAUGAAAUCCAUGAACACAGUUUUCAUGGGCCUGGCUUGGCUACCCAGUUACCUAGACCAGCUCUGUCCAACUCAGCAUUAAAUAACAGCAACUACAAUCUCCAAGCUUCAGCGGCGCUGGGCAAUCACUCACUAACUUACAACCAUCAGAUGCCUAGCCCAUACACUCAGAACCAUUUGAACAACACGCCUUCAGCAGGGCUACUAAGUGCAUACACAAACCAAAGUCCUGGUGGUCACCGCAGCUUUCAUCAAAAUGGAGUUACCCCUCUUGGUGCUGGAGUUAUGGGCCAUGGUGGUUUGGGCACAGGUCUAAGUAUCAACACAGGCUCCACCAGUUCACUGCCCCAGUCUGGGGCCAUGGCUGGGUUCAUCUUCAACCCUCUGGGACAGUCCUCCAACCCACAGCAGGCCUCACAGUCCUCUGUCUCCACCAUGACCAGAGACUUCAGCCAGUUUGUCAACACCUUACAGUCCACCCCCACCCCCCAGGGGAACAGCUAUAACCAGUUGAGCAACCUGAACUUGCUGGGUGCCAACAGCCAGCAGCAGAACUCCAGCUUCUCCUAUCUGCCAGCCAGCACCAUCAGGGAGGACCAGCUAGACCAGGAGAACCCAGUGCCUAGAAACAAUUUUAUUUACAAUGGGCAAAGAAAUAAAAAACGGAAAUCUGGUUCUAGGGUUAAGAAAUCUGAGAGCGAUCCAACAUCUGGCUUAAAUUCUGGGUCCAAGGACAACAGAGAUGCCAACUCACACAGGUGGUCUGGCCAAAGGGAGAGCACUGCUGAUGUUGGUGCUACUUAUGAGGGAGCAUCAUUUAAUGCCAGUUCUAGCUACUCAAGUAUACAGUCUAUCAAAGACCAACACUUACGGCUGCAGGGAGAGCAGACACACACCAAAUCAGCAGAUACUUCCGAAGAGGGUAACACGCUUUUCGACACUCUGCGAGAUACAAUCUAUGCGGAAGUUGCUUCACUAAUUUCUCAGAAUGAAAGUCGCCCCCACUUCUUGUUGGAGCUAUUUCGAGACAUGCGACAAAUUGACUCCGAUAUGAUGCGUCAGAGAACGCUCUACUCCAUUCAAGAUCUGGUCAACUCACACAUGAAGUCUUCAGAAUUGGGGGCUGCCUCUUCUGGGCCCUCUUGGAUGAAGGCAGUAUCCAACCAGGGAGAUACUGGCAACUCAGAACAAACCCCCAGUGAGAGCAUGACUUCAGAUGAUGAAGAAUAUCUCAAAGUUGCUGGUCUGGUAGAAGAAGUUGAAGCAGCUAAAAGAAAUCAUUGUGAUAGGAGAAGCAACAGGGGUGCAGACUUCCCUUUUGAUUAUGCUGAAAUGGCAGAGAACCCAAGCUCAUUGUCUACACCCACUAACGGGUGUGAAGAUUCACCAUUUUUUCAGGAUGUGCUAGGUGAAACAGUAAUUGAAUUUGAUAGCCUGAAGCAAAAUGAGAAUGGAGGUAACGUCAGGGGUCAAGGCAGCAGGAAGGGAAAUCAGGCAGAUAAUGAAUGGAGGGGACAACAGGCGUAUGGUGCUGGAGGAUUCCUGGCAUCAAGACAACUUCUCAAGGAUCUAAAGAGAAAGUCUAAGGGCCACAAAGAGGGUGCUGCAGGAACAACAGUAGAAUACGGGUCACAUGGCUCCCAGUCCAGUCAGGUGACUAGUAGUUCUGCUAUGGACCAGAAUAGCCAGAGUUCUCUAUCAGACAUGCCUUACCCGCGCAUUGACAUGAAACAGUUGGACCGGCAGAUAAAAGCCAUUAUGAUGGAGACAAUCCCCGUUGUUAAGGAACACAUGGAUGAUGUCUGCUCCACUCAGCUGCUGACCUACAUCAAGAGACUUGUCCUGUCCCUAACACGUCAGAUAGGGAAUCAAGAAUUUGCCAGGUUUUUCCAGCGUCAACUGUCAUCUAUCCUGCAAGACACCCUGCAAAAAUACCAUGGCAGAAAGAUGAGAGAGUGUGGUGAGGACCUGCUAGUGGAGAUCUCUGAUGUCUUGUUCAAUGAGUUGGCUUUUUUUAGAUUGAUGCAGGACCUGGAUGAACCCAAACUUCCUGGAGCCACCGAGUGGUCUAUGCAGGUUUCCAAAGAGUCCUCAGAAUACAGUGCCGACACAAGUUCUGCUGAAGAUGAAGCUGAGGUGGAGAAGGACAGUGAUGAUGUUAGGGUUGGUGCUACCAAUGGAGAAUUCAAGGAUAAAAAUGUUGAAAAAGUCUUGAGGGAACAAAAUGGCCCUGUUGGUGGCAAUGAAGAGAAAGAUGAAGAUGAAACAGAACAAAACUACAAGAUAGAACUUGCACCCAGUGAGACAAAACCUUUCACUAGAAUUGGCAGUGAUGAAGAUGAUGAUGAUGGUGAUGAAGAACACAGUAUGGACGACCCAAGUGAGACUGCUGUCAGCCGUGACUCAAUGCUUGAAACCAAUCUGAGCGCACAAAUCUUCGUUCAUUCUUCCACAAGACCAGAGACUGAAGGGGCGGGUGGGGAUGGAGUGGAGAAACAAGACUUGGAGAAACCACUUUCACCUCAAAAGUUCAACCAGCUGAAACCCUCAGGGGAAGGUGAGGCUCCUCCACCAAGUGCUGGUCCAUCAGCAGCUGGGGACACUGUACAGGUGAAUGGUGUUUUGAAUGGUGGCCACGCCAGUGAUGAGGAACUGACUGUAGAUGACCUGCCGGAGAGACUGACCGUCCUGCCAACCGCAGCUGACGGGGCCACGCUGAGUGAGAACACUCCAGACAUGAGAUGUAAAUUUGCUGAGGAACAAAGAAAUGUCUGCGGCAUUGAUGCUAUCCUAACAAGCCUGGACGGGCUGGAGGAGCUGGCUGGGGGUGACCUGCUGGACCCUGAUGCUUUUUUCUCUUAAGUCUUGUGUGUGGGUCAGCUGAAGACAUUUCUAAAUGUACAUAGUGUUAACACAUUGAUGUAAAUAUGUUUGCUUUAUGAAAUUGUGAUCUAGGAUGGUUUAAAACAAACAGCAGUUGAAUUAGUUUUAAAGCUGCUGUCAAAGUGGAAGAUGUAAGAAAAUGUAAUCAAUAAAAGACAACACACCCUUGUAAAAGCUCACCUAACACAUUUAACUAAACACACCACUAUAAAAACACAUUUAACAUAACACACCACUAUAAAAACAUUUAACAUAACACCACUGUAAAAAAAAAAAUCAACAACACACCAAUGUAAAUAGACACAAGUUAACCAAAGACAUGUGAACACACACCCCUGUAGAAAACACUACUUAACUCACCUCUAUUUAAACACAGCUGCUAACUGGCAGUAGUGACCUAACUCUCGCCUGCUAGUAAAGCCCAGUUAGCAUACAGGCCCAUACACUUUAGUCAUUUGUUUCUCUACAUACACUCCAGUCAUAUGUUUCUCUAGAUGUUGGGAAUAAGUUAGUUCCUGGUUGUUGUUUACUCUAACCUUUAUAUUUGUUGCUCUGUUGCUAACAUUGACAAUGGAGUGACCAGUAGAUAUUUAUUAGUUUAAAGAUAUUAAUAUAACCAAAUAUUUUGUACUUUUUUUCUAUUGAUGAAUCUUGAUGUAUUUACAUGAGAGCUGAGUGCAGUGUUACUGUAUAUGUGAACACAUCUAUUUAUGAACUUGUCUAGCUAGUGUGGUCACCAUGGCAACUCUUCUGUUUGAGCUGUCAGCUGUUGAACUUGUGUGUGAUUAUUGAAUGUUGCUGCAACAUCUAACAAAGCAUUCCAUUAAUCUGCUGUAUCAUCCCAUAUCAUCUAGAGACUGGCAGUUCAGCUCUCUAUUCAUUGUUUUGUUGCUGAAGUUUUCACAUGUACUAGAAGAUGUUACUAUUUAUAGUAGUUGUUAAAGUGGUUGUAAGAACAAGCCUUGUUUGUAUAAAAAAAAAUUGUGCACGUCUUAAAUAAAAAGUUCUGGUAGCCUGAUUCACAAUUCAUCUCAUUUGUCCCUUUUAAAUAUUUAAUUAAAAACUAACUAACUGGAGAUGAAGAGUUGAUUAUUUCUGGCACUUAUUCCUAUAGGAAGUUUUGAUGCUAUUUCAACUAAGGUUGAUUAA